AUGGGUGGCACAAGUGUAAGGACUGCUGGAGGCUACACGACAGAGUUCCCCAUUCAGAUCGGCCUUCAUCAAGAAUCUGCUCUUAGUCCUUAUCUUUUCACCAUGGUGAUGGAUGAGCUGACAAGAGAAAUCCAAGAUAGAUACGAAAGAGAUAUAGAAGAUGAUAUUCAACAUAGGAUUAAGGCAUGGUGGGUUAAGCGGAAGAAUGCUACGAGAGUUUUAUGUGACGGCAAGAUGCCUAUUAAGUUGAAAGAAAAGUUCUAUAGGACUGCAAUCUGCCCAGUUAUGUUAUAUGGUAGUGAAUGUUGGGCCAUUAAGAGACAACAUUUAUCUAAGAUGAGUGUGACAGAAAUGCCAUUGACUGCCGGGAUCUUCGUCGUCAUUGUGCUUCAUCACAGGCAGUCCUUCCCUCCCCAAGCGAAGUUGGCGACAAAUCAGCCUCCAUCCAUGCGCGCCAUCGUAGUCCUAGUUUCAUCAUCAUGGCAAGAUUUGCCUUUCUUCCAUCGUGAUGCUGCCACCAAUCGUGACCGAAAAGAAUGA